GCACAGAAACGGACGGACCACUGCCUGGUUAUUUGGCUGCCUUAACCUAAAACGGGUACUGUUUGCAGCCAUGACAUAAAAAACCCUGAACAAGUUAACUUGUGCGGCAAAGCUUCUUGACAGCCGGCGGAAAUGGCCGGGGCGGAGGAGCUGUCGCGGCUGGAGGAGUUGCUGCGGCGUCCUGACUUCGUGCUGGAGCCGAACGUCAAGGAUGUGGUGCGUCAGUACAUCAAGGCGCAGGGCAAGCCCGAGGUCAUCUUGGAGAGCCUGUCGGAGGGAUAUGUCGGCUACGCGCACAUGGCCAUGCUGAUGGUGAAGUGGCUGGAGUACGUGGACGACGAGCCGGCGGCCGCACAGGACGAAUUCCACUACCUCAAGGAGUUUGUCAAGUCCAAGUUUGAGCCGGACAAGUUCAUCGGCGUGUUCAGCUCCGCCGCCACCCGAGCCCAGGUGCUGCCGUGGCUUGACGGGCUGCUGGGCGACCCGCGUGGCCGCAAGCUGAUCUACGAGCUGAGCUCGCAGCACCGCAACAGCCUGCUGCUCAACUUCGCCAUACAGCGCAUCAUGAAGAACGGCUACCAGGACGAGGUGGCGGCUGCCGGCAGCGGCCUGGCCUCCUACUUCUCCGUGUUCCACAAGCUGCUCGCCAACAAGGUGGCGGCACUCAUCGCGGCAGUCAGGAGGGCCGCCGCCGCGGAGGCCGCCGGCGACGGCGCCGGUGUGUCGCGCGCGCAGGCCGAGGUGUCGGGCCUCGUCUCCGAGCUCCGGGACAGCUGCGAGCACUCGCAGCACACCUACCUACACGUGCAGCACCUGCUGCACCACCUGGGCCGGCAGCCGGGAGGGCAGGCGCUGCUGGCGGCGGCACAGGCGCUGGAGGCCGCGGUGGCGGCGGCGGCGCCCGCGAGCGCGGUGUGGGGCAUGCAGAAGCUGUAUCUGCCUCCCGGCUGCCCGGCCGCCCAGCUGGAGGCGGCGCACCUGAUCGGCCGCAUGCUGCAGGCGGGGCCGGAGGGACCCAGCCAUGCCGACACGCUGCGCCUGUACAGCCUGUACCGCAGCCCGCAGCAGCAGCAGCAGCAGCAGCAGCAGCAGCGGGGGCUCAAGAGGCGGCACAGCGAGCUCAGCGGCGGGGCCGGCGGUGUCGGAGGUGGUGGGGGUGAUGGUGGUGAUGGUGGUGGAGGGGAGGAGGAGGAGCAGAUGCAGGUGGACGGCGGCGGCGGCGGCGGUGGAGAUGGAGGGGAUGGCGGGGAUGGCGGGGAUGGCGGGGAGGAGGCGCCGUACAUGUCGCCGGCGCCGCUGCAGCACCCGCGCCUGGUACAGGCGCUGCUCACAAGCAUCUUCACGCCCAACCGGCCGCCCAGCUCGCAGCAGCUGACGGCCGCCGCCGACCUGCUGGCGCGAGCCACAUGCACACGGCCGCGACCCAGUGAAGGGGGAGCCAGCAGGGGAGCCAGCAGGGGCAGCGGCGGAGGCGGAGGAGGCGGAGGCGGAGGAGGCGGCGGAGGAGGCAGAGGUGAAGGAGGAGGCGGUGCGUCCACCUCGCAAGAGGCGCGUGCGGGCUCAGCGACAGACGCUGCGGAGGCAGAGGCGGAUGAGGCGCAGGAGCAGGCGGCGCAGGAGCGGAUUGCCGAGACGACGCAGGCGUUGCAGUGGGCGGUGGGGUUGCUGGCGCGAGCGCAGGCGCCCGGGGGGCCAGGCGGCGGCGGCGGGCCAGGGCCGGGCGGCGGUGGCGGUGGUGGCGGCGGUGGCGGUGGCGGUGGCGGGGCGGGCCGCUUCACAGACGACGACUUGGCAAUGGCGAGGAAGGUGUCGCGGCUGCCAGUGGUGGCGGCGGGCCUGCUGCACGCCGUCACCUGCCAGCUGGGCUCGCCCGGCUUCUACGAGGACGCGGGCGCCGUGGCGGGCGCGGUGCCGGCGCUGGUGCGGCUGAGCCUGCUGGUGGCCACGUCACAGCCCGGCCUGGCGCCCAAGGUGCUGCCGGUGUGGGCGACGGCGCUGGCAGAGCUGCACCGGGCGGGACAGGCCGAGCACUGCCGGCUGCUGUUGGAUGGUUGUGUCAUACUCAUGCGCGAGGCCGCGGCCGCGGCGGCGGCGGCGGCGGCCGAGGCGGAGAAGGCAAAGGAGGCAGCGGCGGCGGAGAAGGAGCGGGAGAAGGAGGAUGGGCGGGCGGGCGGGUCGGCUGCGCAGGCACUGGCGGGCGGGAGCGCUGCGGCGGUGGCGACGGCGGCGGCGGCGCAGGCUGCGUCUGUGGCGGCGGCGUCGCAGGGUGUGAUCAAGGAGACCAUGGAGGUGGUGGAGGCGUGGAGCCGGCAGGGGGCGGUGGACCCGGCCCUGCUGCGGUUCUUUGUGCUGCAGGUGCUGGGCUGCUUCGGGCCGCCCUACAGCCCAGACUUUGCCGGCGCGCUGCUGCGACUGCUGCUGGCGGCGGGCGUGCGCGCCAGCAAUGUCCGCAACGAGGCGGCGGCGGCGCUGCUGCGAGAGUUCGCCGUCGCCGCGGAGGCGCUGGGCGCAGCCGCCUUCACGCCGCCGCUGAGCAACCGGGAGCAGCACCUGCUGGCAGAGCUCGCAGCGCCGGCGGGCGCGGCGGGCGCUGGGGCCGGUGGAGGUGGGGCCGGAGGUGGAGGGGUGGGCGGAAGUGGGGGCGGGGGUGGGGGUGGAGGUGGUGGGGCUGGUCACCUGCACGCGGCACGGCCUGGCGGCGAAGCUGCUGGCGACAAGGGCUGAGGACGCGCUGGUGCUGGUGCCGGUGCUGGUGCUGGUGCUGGUGCUGGUGCUGGUACUGGUACUGGUGCUGGUGCUGGUGCUGGUGCUGGUGCUGGUGCUGGGCAGGCGCGUCUCGUGUGUAAGUGUGCGUGCUGUAACCCAGGCGCUCCAGCUGGUGUUGGUUUGGGCGUUGGCGUCGUUGGCGCGCAAGGCGUAAGGGGCUAGGGCUGGGUGUGCGGCGCAGGGGCGGCGGCGGCACUGACUGCUGGAUGAGGAGGCUGGCGCUGGUGGGUGAGCCGUUGCCUACCGAGGCUGACGUUGUUACAAGGCUUGGAGCGCGGGAUUUGGCCAUGAGUGGGCCAACUUACAACGGCCACUCGUGGCGGGUGACUGUAACGAAGGACACGCGGGAUAUAACCCUGACUAUCUCGGACGGGAUCACCGGCAACCGGGCGGCGCAAGCCUUGCAAGCAUCACACACACGUGCAGGGACCAGUGCGCAAAGUAGCUGUCUAUAUGCCUGGACACACACACACAUGCACAAUGCUUGGAGCCGCGGGCGCGGCAAACACUUGAACAACAAUUUGCCAUCCCUUACUC